CUUCUAAUCAACUACCACUAUCCCCCCUUUUCCCCUCGGCCAAGACGACGCUGUCACCCACAGCCGUCACACCACCAUCUCCGUCCGAGAAUCACCUCGUUCGUCUGCUUUCCGACCGUUACAGGAAUGGCAGGCGAGAAACGUGUGUUGACGUUAGGUGGAAAAGGGUCAUCACUCUCUUCAGCUUCUGUUUUUGAGUUCUCGACUGCUUCUUCACCUAUGCUUCUGAAAAUUGACCCGGCUGCGCUUGCUAGGUUAUCUUCGCCUUCUUCAUCUCAGUUUAAGCUUCAGUUAUUGGUGCCCGAUUAUUUGACUCCUGAGGAAGCCAGAGCUUCUGUUCUUCUGCUCUUGUAUAAGAUUUUGAUUGGUGGGUCGUUUCCGGCUUCUGUGGCUUCGCAGUUGUUGGAUCUUUUGAAUAAAGAUACUCAAAUUUCGACGAUUGAUCUUGAUUUUGAUAAGCAAGAGAAUGUUGAUAUGUUAAGAAAUUGUUGGCCGGAUAUCACUAUCCAAGCAAUCUGUGCUUUAUUGGAUUACACUGUUACUUCAUUGGCCACAGUUUCAGAUGCUGUAGCUGCAUUAUCUUGUGACACGUUGGAAGCCAACACUUCAGUUGCUUUUAGUUAUUUCACAGAUUCUGGUGAAGGUUUUUCUCACAAAGAUAGAGCUUCGGUUGUUAGUGAUCUCAAGGUUUUGCUUAAUGGCUCUACAAUGCCCGGGAAACAGCAGUGUGACGAAGUUUUUAGUAAGAUUCCUAUUAUUCAUGGUCGUUUGAGGUCACUCUGCAAGUCAGUCCACUCUGAAACUCGGGUUGAACUGAAUUCUAUUCUGUCUCGACAUGGUAGCACCUGUGAGGACUUGACCAUUUGUUUUUCUCCACUGGCUGAUGCACUCAAGUGUCUUGGUGAGAGUAGUUGGCUCCGAGCAAAACGUUGUUUAGAGAAAUUGGAAGAAGGAAAUUUAUUUCCUACUUUGGUUAAGAGUUUCAAUGCUGGAUGCCCUGAUAUUGACAAACUGGAAGGAUCUGUUAUGUCUUUUGCAGCAUUUAAGGAGGAAAAAAACUACAUCAGGUCGUUGCAUGAAGUUUAUACUUUAUCUGAGACUGUGGGAAAGAUGCUUUCUUGGGAAACAAAUCUUUCUUUCAUCUUACUCGAGGGGCGUGAACAAAAGCCAGUGCUAGAGAAUACUGAUGGUGUAAUUGCAAAAUCAGAGAAAAAGAAUGAGAAGAAGAAAGGCGCUAACAAAAAAGUCAUUGGGAAAGGCACUAAUAUUUUUAUGCAGUUUUUAAAGGAUAGAUUACAGCUCAAUUAUAGCAAUUUAGUUGAUGAUUCAGUUCUCGCGGAGAAAGUGACGCAGGGUUUCCUCUCUGUUUUUGACUUGAAAGACUCUGGGUUUCAGCAUCUACUGCAGAAAGUCAAGGAUAUUGUUGACAGCAAUGAGAGCAGAAGGCUUCCUAAGAUUCCUAAGGGGACUCGUGAUUUUGCUAAAGAACAGAUGGCUGUCAGAAAUAAAACAUUCUCUAUUGUCACCGAUGUCUUUGAGAGGCAUGGUGCUAUGGCACUCGAUACUCCUGUAUUUGAAUUGCGAGAAACUCUUACUGGCAAAUAUGGCGAAGAUUCAAAGUUGAUUUAUGAUUUGGCUGACCAGGGUGGAGAGCUUUGUUCUCUUCGAUACGACCUUACUGUUCCAUUUGCUAGAUACGUUGCUAUGAAUGGUAUUAAGUCAUUCAGACGGUUCCAAAUAGCAAAAGUAUAUAGAAGAGACAACCCAUCUAAAGGAAGAUACCGUGAAUUUUAUCAAUGUGAUUUCGACAUUGCUGGUGAUGAAACAAUAGGAGCCGACUUCGAGGUCGUCAAAAUUUUGACUGAACUCCUGGAUGAGCUUAACAUUGGUGAAUAUGAGAUAAAGUUGAACCAUCGAAAGUUGCUGGAUGGAAUGUUGGAUAUUUGUGGUGUGCCAUCGAAUAAAUUUCGAACCGUCUGUUCAAGUAUUGACAAAUUAGACAAGCAAUCCUUCGACCAGAUUAAAAAGGAAUUGAUUGAAGAGAAGGGGUUGGAUGUCGAGACAGUGGAGAAAAUUGGUUCAUUUGUGACACUGAGAGGGCACCCUUUGUCGUUAUUAUCAGAACUUAAAAAAGAAGGAAGUGAAUUCUUGAAUAAUGGUUCAUCAAGUCAAGCACUGAGCGACUUGGAGAUCUUAUUUCAAGCUUUAGACAGCGCAAGAUGUGUAGGUAAGGUGGUUCUUGAUCUAAGUUUGGCAAGAGGCCUUGACUAUUAUACUGGUGUCAUAUAUGAAGCUGCUUUCAAGGGUGCCACACAGGUUGGUUCAAUUGCUGCUGGUGGACGUUAUGAUAACCUUAUAGGCAUGUUUGGUUCAAAAACUUCUGUUGCUGCCAUUGGUGUCAGUUUAGGAAUAGAACGCGUAUUUGCAAUAAUGGAGCAAAACCAAAAAGAUGACAAGCAGCUUAUUCGUCCCUGUAAAACACAAGUUUUAGUGAGUAUAUUGGGUGAUGACUUACCGCUAGCAGCGAAACUGGUGAGCUUGUGUUGGGAUGCAAAACUAAAAGCAGAGUUCCUGCUCCAUAAAAGGUUGGACAAGCACUUAUCUCGUGCCAAAGAAUUGGGGAUACCUUGGAUGGUGAUUGUAGGGGACCGUGGAGUUGAAGAAGGAAUGGUCAAGCUAAAAGAUACAGAGGCUAGAGUAGAUCACAAGGUUCCUACAAGCAGCUUUCUUGAUGAGCUAGUCAGACUUAUGAAGACCCCCAGUCCCAGUUCACUAGAGAAGUAAUCUUAGAUAAAUGUUUAAGGAAAGAUUUUUCUUUAGCAUUCAAACUUGAAAGUGUUGGAUCAAUUGUAGUUUCACUUGCAUGAUCCUCAAUAUAUUGCCUUCACAAUUUGUCAA